AUGGAUGUAACUUUAAAGAAUUUAGAGGGAAACGAAGAAGAAAACUUUCAGGAGGAUGAAGAGACAAGCCCCGUAAGUCACAAAACAAAGAGCUAUGGUAUAUCCAUUGAUUCUGGCUUGAUUCCAUCUGUACCCGUCGAAGAGCAAGCAGCGGUGUUGAGAAACCUGGGAGUAAAUGUAUUUAACCAGGAUGAAUUUGAGGAAGGAGUUUUAAAGCAGGUCGAUGAAGCCAUUGCUGUGAAAGAAACAGAGGAGAUUGUGAGAGGAUGGGAGAAAAACCUGAAAGCUGUGGAUGAAGAUAUCAGGUUAGCUUGGGAGAGCUUGACAAUCAUCAUUGCGAUCUCUAAGUUGAAGAUUGCAGUUAUACAAAGAUAACGGUGUAACUUUGUGGCUCAUGGACUGUCCAUGAAUUGGGUUCAUCAUUAGUUACCUUAGAUGUUAGAGUUCUUUUCAAAAUUAAUGAAUUUCUUAAUAGACUUCUUCCUCAGUACUCAUCCUUAUAUAUCAGGUGAUAAGCGUCAAUGUACCAAAGUACUGUUGAUGUACCAAAGAACUGUGAGAGAUAAGGCUUAACUCUCACAUAAUGAGAUAUGUCCCAUUGCAAACAAGACCAGAAUUGGUUCCAUCUUGUCUCAUCAAGGAAGAAUGUACAUGUUUUAAUAUUCCUAGACUGUAAAGAGCUUGUGAGGUCAGAAUCUUCCUUAAAUGCUGACUCAUUUCAUUUAAUUCUUGGAACAAUUUUGUCAUUUAUUACCAGUGAACGGCCAGAUCAUAUGCUGAACCCUAAAUUAUGAGGACCUUCAAAUUUACCAGUCUUGACAAUCAAUUCAGUGGCUGUUAAUGUUAGUGGCUGAUUUACAGUAGUAGUGAUUCUAAAGUGUGUAUGCUGUUAAAAUCAUGAAUUAUCCACAUUGAGUGGGAGACACACUUGGCCAUUUUAUUUCUUAAUCCCAACAAAUUUGAUUACUGUCAAAAAAUCACCGAUAUCUGACUUCGCAGAUAUCAGCAAAUUUAUAUGCUGAUUGCAGCGAUCAGUGAAAAUGGCCGCAGAACUGGGCAUAUGUGGCGAAUUUCAUAGAUCACUGUGAUCAGCACUUAAAAUUGCCAAGUGUGUCACUGGCUUUACAAAAAGGCUCUAGUAACAAAUGAGCAAUUCAGAGUACAAUAAACUUUCCCAUUAUAUUGUCAUUCUUAUUAUCAGGAUUGUGGAAAAUGAUUUGCUUGAGAUUGACCUAAUAUUGAAAAGAGUUGAGAGUAAGAGUGGAGCUGGAUAUGAAUCAUGGAGAAGAACCCAAGCAGUGCAGAAACAAAAGGAUAACAAGGUUCUUUUUGGAUAAUUCUGUUGUUGUAAAUGCAAUAUAAAAAGUUUUUUGAAAAGCUUUGCAUUAACAUUCAAAUCAUAACAACACAAUGAAGGUGAAUAAUACAAACCCAGGUUGAUUGUCUUUGCACUAGCUUUCUUGAGUUUUAAAAUUUAUCUAAAUCAAUUAUUAUUGUUUUAAAUCUGUGGCUUGCAAUGCUGAAAUUGAGGCAUUCUUAAUGAAUGUGCUUAAAAAAGACAUAGUAUAUUCUGGAGACUGGAUAACCAGGUCAUCUGUCAAGAUUUUCUUUUCCUGAGUUUGGCUAUUCUAGAAAUUAUCAAAUGACUUAUCUAGCCCAGCUCAUGCAAUCCCAUCAAAAGCCACAGGUAAAGCUGACAUGUGUAGGGCUGGACAGGUUGACGUGAGCUGGUUUGGAAAAAGGCAUAUGGCCCUAGUACACUUUUAUGGCUUCAUUGUUGGAUGAUUGGAUCAUUUUGCUGUUGUUGCUAAAAACGAGUGACAGCAGUGAACAGAAAUGAGAUUAAAUAAGUCAUGCUUUUCGAUGAAUUGUGAGUUUCUUGUUCUGACACAAAAAUAAAGGAAAAGUUUUAACUGAAGGAUUUGUUUUUGUGGUUUUCCUGCACAUGCCAAUCUAUUGCAUCAUAUUCAGGUUAAAACAAAAUUUUAGAAAUUUUUAAAAUUUAGUGGUCACAUUUUAUAUGAUAAAAAUGCUUAUCGACCGAGUUAAGUUGGGCUGAAGGGGAAAAUAAUUGGCUCCAGGUCAAUGACGCAUGCUGUGCUUGGUCUGUACAUUAUGACUUCAAGGCAGAUAUUUUCCCGUCUGGCCCAAAUUAACUAAGUCAAUAAGUACAUAGUGUUCAUCCAACCCUUCUGGAAGAAACUAUUUGUUGUCAAACAAUUUGGUAUUUUCUCUCCAAAUUGCAGCCUUUGAAAAUUCUUCCCUUUCCCUGCUCCUAGGAUUUUAAUUAAGUUAGCUUGGUGUGGAUAACAAUGCUUUGUGAAAUCAAACAUGUUGUAUAUUACAUGGUGUGUGCAUAGAUGUACAUGUACUUUUAUGCAUAGUCUGAUCAAGAUAGAGUAAGUUUAACUCUAAUAAUGCAUUAUUUUUUGCAAAUUUCUUUAGCUUCGCCAGUUGAAGAAAUUACAAGCAACUCAAAAGGCAUUACACCACAAGUUAGGUAUUGGAAAUGAGGAGGAAUUAGAACAACAGGGUACUGUUUUUUUUUUCAUUUUUUGAGUCCAUCUAAUGCAGAAAUAGUUAUAAUAGUUAUAGUUAUAUAGUUACUUGUACAUGAACAGUGUGUUGUGUCUCUAUUGGAAAAAUUGCAAAAUAAUGUUAGGUGACAUCUUAUUGUGUUAUUUUGACCUGUUUCCAGGUUACAACUAGCCCAAUGUAACUGUCAGUUAUUUUCUUUAUCAAGCUGUGACAGUUUAGUGGACUGUAUUGUCUACAAAGAUAUCUGUACUGUCAUGUUUAUGUUGAAAUGAUCUGAUCAUUUUAUGAAUACAAGGGGUUAGUUUCUAAAGAAACUGUGGUGCUGUGUUGGUGGGAGAGUAUAACAGGGUAAUCUAGCAUUAUUAACUGAGUUUAUAAUGUAAAUUGGCCACCGUAACGGUUUCAAAGCUGAUGUUCCUGGCAUUAGCCCUUUGUUAGCGAAUGGCAAAGGGCUAAUGCUUUAAAUGUCAGCCUUUAAAGUCUUUACGACGGCCAGUUUAUGUUAUUAACUUAGUUGAUAAUUCUAAAUUACCCUGAUCAUUUUAUGAGUUGAGCAAUUCAUGUACAUAGAGAUGAUGAGAGACCUGGUUGGGGAGUGUCACAAUGUGCCCUCAUUUAACCCAUUAAAUCCCAGAAUCUGAUUGUUGAUUCUCCUGUCAAGCUGCUACACAAUUUCUUGUUGAUAAGUUAUGAGAAUUUGAUGUUAGAUCAAUAUAACAAGUUCAACCUGAUAAGUUUGAGUAUUCUCAUCACCUGUUUACUGGUUAUUGUAUGGAUAUUAUUGGGAGAAAUUACAUUUCAAUCACUUUUGGGAGUUAAAGGGUUGAAGUCUGUUCCUUGUAGAGACAACUUAAAGUUCCAAGACAAUGUGAUGCCACAACUGAUUAAAGAGGCUUGUGAGACUUUGAAAUGGGAUCCCAAAUUAUGUGGUGCUAACUCCUACAUUUCAUUGUUUUUAUAUUUUCAGUUGAGUUUGAGACCUCAGAUGGCAAUAUUCAGGAUAUGAGUGAAAACAGGAAAUUCCCACUUGUCAGAGAAAACCUCUUGGAACAAGAUGCAUUGAUUAAGAAUGGAGAGAUGACGCCAUUUGGAGGGACCAUUCCAGGCAAUGGCAAUAAAGUGAACAAGAACAAUUUUGGUGCAACUGAUGCUGAAAACUCUAAGAAUUACAAGCAUGGUGGGAAUGAUAAAAGAGAAGAUGUAAUUGAGGAUGGUGAUGAUGACAAGGACAACUAUGAUGAAGAUCUUUAUGAUGCUGAAUACGUUCCUGAUGAAGGCGAGCUCAAGUACAGUUGGUUUGAGGAUGAUGAGAGGAACUGGAAUGAGGAUGAUGUCCAACCAACUAAAUCAGAGAAGCAGACUGGAAGAAAAAGAUCUUUAAAUGUUGCAUAUGUAGAAGAAGAUAGCCUUAAGCCAAAGAAGAAGAAGAAGAAGAAAACAAAUCAAAUGACCAGGAGAAGAUAUGACAAUAAACCUCUUGAUGAUGGAAAUGAAAAAUUGUACCGCCAAAGGAUCAGGUGAUUUUUAAUGCUCUACUUGAUUGACAGUAAGGAUUGUACAUCUUAUCAUUCAUGUGAUGAAAUUUAAAAUUUUUAUUUUUCAGAUAUAACUUAAACAAAAUUUUUCUAGCAUUACAUUAAAUUUCAUUUUGCUACGUUGAGCUGUAGAACCUCAUUACAGUGAUCAUAAUGUACAGUGUAUGACAUUUGAAUAAAGGGGUAAGUUUCUAAAGAGACUUUGGUGCUGUGUCAGUGGGUGGUAUAACAAGAUGAUUUGGUUUGAUCAACUGAGUUGAUAAAUGUAUGUUGGCCACAGUAAAGAGUUUCUGAAGCUGAUGUUUUAAGUGUUAGCCCUGUGUUAGCUCAUUAGCUAUAGAUAACAAACUUUGUGAAUUUAUAUUUAGUAUACAUGAUUGUGUAACAAUUAAGACUUUAUGAUUCAGGGAAUGGAGAAUCAGUGAACUUCUCAAAAAGAGAGGCAAUUCCUCAGCUGUUGAAAGUGGUGAGGAAGAGUAUCCUGAUGUAGUUUUUGACAAGGGGCUUAAGAUUCCAGGCAAAUUAUGGGACAAGUUGUACAAGUAAGUCCUAUCUAAUUCCUUCCUAGGUUUGAAUCCUCUAAAGGAACCCAUAAUUGUCUCUUUGUUCCAUACACCACUCUUUACUCAUACUACAAAUUUUUACCAGGAUGGUAUAUUGUUUUCACGCGAGCAAUUGCCCAAUAUUCCAACUGAUUAUUUUCAAAGCCACUGGAUCUAUAAUAGUUUUUUACUGAAGAAAGCUGGGAGUUACUGUAUGUGUAGCAAAGAAGUAGUUCCAGUGAGAGUGAUGAAUUAGUAAAGGAGAAAGAUCUUGAAAAAAAGAUGUAAACAGCUCUUCCCAAACCCCCUCACUGGUUUGUUGUGUUCAGGCCCUCCGAUGCUCUACCACUGAGCCACAGAGACUCUAUGGUGAGCGAGGUCUAUUACAAAGUUCAUAUGACAUGCAAGAAGGAAAUUUGUCCAACAAUCAAGAGCUUCUUUAGUUGGUGAUCAUCUCCUUUAUUCUUGCGACCUUAAGGCUUGAUUCACAGGUGAUACUGUAAGGAAAACUAACUGCUAGUCACUCUUAGGGAUGAAAUACGAAACGUACGACGUUUAUCUUCUAGAUAUCAACAGACAGGUGUAAAGUGGCUGUGGGAGCUUCAUUGUCAGCAGGCUGGUGGUAUUAUUGGUGAUGAAAUGGGCCUGGGAAAGACUGUUCAGAUGAUUGUUUUCCUUGCUGGACUGAAGUACAGUAAAAUAUCAGCCAGGAAGAAGUGGGUAUUCCCUUCCAGUAUUGUGUAUGGAAAAGCUCCCUUAUUUUGAUUGGCAAAAAAAAGCGAAAUAUUUCUUUCCACUGAAAAUAGCAACUUAUAAUGUGUUGAAGCUGUCUGGACCUGGUUGAUUGAAUGGUGGAUAAUGCUAUUUUCUGGAUAAAUUGCUAUCUGGUGGAUAACGCAAGGUGUUUGUAUACACCUAUCUGCUGGAGAGCGAUUUAUCCAUCGGAUAACGUCUUCCCUCCUUGAACAUCUGGGUUCUUGUUGAUAGUGCCAUCUGCUCUUCAAGUAAGUUGAACCUGAAAGACAGAAUAGAAAGAUGAAUGAACUUAUACCUUUUUAAAAAUAAAAACUGAGCCUUGGUCUCUUUCUGGAGAAAGUAGGGAAAGUAGCUCUGGCAGUUGUGACCACUUGACUCAAGUUGACUUACAGAUUAAUCAUAUCCAUCACCAGAAUGUGCUGAUUAUGAAAAAGAUUCCGAAUGACGAUUCAUUCUGUGUUAAUGUGGCAGGCAGCCAGGGCUAGGACCAGUGUUGAUUGUGUGUCCUGUGACAGUUCUUCAUCAGUGGGUACAAGAGUUUCAUAAAUGGUGGCCAGAGUUCAGAGUGGCUGUACUUCACGAAACAGGAAGUUAUCAAGGAUUCAAGGUUAGUUGUAUACUCAGGCAAACAAGAAGGCAGACAGAGAGGCAGACGUGUAAACAAGCAGACAGGCACAUAAACAGACAAGCAAGGAAAUAAACAAGCAUGUGUAGAAAACUGACUGUUCGAUCAAAUGAGUGAGUGGGUGAUUAGCUGGUUUACAGACAGACAGACAGACAGAAACAAAACUAGUAUCACAUAAAAGAGCGCUUCUCGAUCGAGUUUCGUAAAACUAAACCAGAGUAAUGAAAACGGCGAAUCGGAAGAAAGAAAAAUACCCUCAAGAGCUACUAGGAACUCAAAGUCAAAACAAGCAAACUCCUUAUUGAAGCGCAAGCGACCAAGUCGUCAUCAGUUUUCGUUUUGCAUCUCAUUGGUCAAGAGGAUGGCGCUAGUUCUGUAGAUGACAGACUGAAUAAAUUUCAAAACCAGCGCAAUCCCGGAUUACGUACAAUUGAAAUUGCUCUAAAACAACUGAUUGACAUAUGCAAAUGAACACGAAAACAAGCAAACAAACAAAAAGACAAGCUCUCAGAUAGAGAAGGGUAUAGCAAAACGAACAAACAGACCUACACGCAGAUAGGCUGGAAAAUAAACAGUCUCAGUGUUAGAAUGUAUCUUGCAGCAAGAGCUGAUCAAAAAGAUGUGUAAAGAGAACGGUGUGUUAGUGACAUCCUUUGCGGGAAUUCGUCAACAUCAGGAUCAUCUGCUUGCCCAGAGGUUUGACUAUGUUAUUCUGGACGAGGGUCACAAGAUUAGAAAUCCAGAUGCAGAGAUAACUUUGGCAUGUAAACAGGUAAAAUGGCAAGCUGUGCUUUUUUAUGUUAAAUCUCUUGAUACUCUUCUCGUAGAAUAUCACUUACAGGAUGUAUCUAGGUAACCUUCGAGUGAACUCUUAUUAUCAGCGCUGCAGGACGCGCGUUUGUUCGCCUGUGGGAAGAUUGGAGACGAGUCGCAGAGAGGUUUAUCGGGGAUCGCUGACCCCGGUGCAGACCUCUCGCGGGCUCACGUUACUGAAGAUCUCGUACUCUCCCGUGGGCGAUGAAACACUCGUGCACGCAGGCUAGACGUUCGGUUAUUUUUUGACCAAUCGUGUUAGAGCGAAGAUACUUGAUGGAUGAUAAACAUUUCUCAGUAUUAAAUCACGACUAAUAAAUAUUUAAUGCUUUCAUUUUUUGUGUGAGUAGUUUCGCACUUGUCACCGCAUCAUCCUCUCUGGCUCACCCAUGCAGAACAACUUGCGAGAACUGUGGUCGCUGUUUGACUUUGUGUUUCCUGGCAAACUUGGCACCCUGCCUGUGUUCAUGACUGAAUUCUCCGUGCCCAUUACUAUGGGGGGAUACUGUAAUGCUACUAAAGUACAGGUACUGACUCCAGGGAGGUAUAUAGGGGUCUUGGUCUCGAACAAGCAUCUUACGGUCACAUGUGAAUUGGCCUGAAUACUUGUCUGCAGAUAUUGUCUGUUCUCUUCCCUGAACAGAUUUUGUACUCAGGCAAAUGAUUCUUUUAAAAUCUAUGUAUAUUUGAGUACAAUUUCAAGCUAAUUUUAUAAAAUCCUUUUUGUUUUUGGAAAGUUUAUUGCUUCAUUAAGUUCAUUAAAUUGGCCUGAAGAUAUCAUCUGUUCACUUCCCUGAACAGAUUUUGUCUCAGCACAAAUGAUUCUUGUAAAAUCUGAGAAUAUUUAAGUACAAUUUAAAGCUGAUUUUUUAACAUCCUUUUUCCCUUUGGAAAGUUCAUUUGAUUAUAUUCAUCGUGUGUUUUACGUAACUUUUCAUCAUGACGAUGAAAUUAAAACAACAGUUGCCUCAACGAAUUUUGGUAACCAGAAUCGUCGAGUGUCAGCUCUUUUUUAGAAAUGCUCUUUGUUUAUUACAAAGGUUGAAACAGCAUACAAGUGCGCCUGUGUUCUCAGAGACACAAUCAACCCAUACCUGCUGAGAAGACUGAAGAAAGACGUCAACAUGAGCUUGGAUCUACCAGCAAAGAAUGAGCAGGUUUUUGAACCACUUGUUACCAAUCUUUCGCCGCCUUCUGUGUCAUAAGGGUCAUCAGUGACGUUAGCCCAGCAUUCUGCUAUAAUCAGCAAUGUCGAAAGCGUCGUGUGCAAAAGUAGUUUGACGGAGAUAGUCGAUUUUGUGCUUCACUAAGGUUUCGUCAAUGUAUUGGUCAUAGGAUGGUAAUUUGAGCUAAUAAUUUUUGGCUCUAUCUAGCGCUUAAUGAUCGCUGCAAAACCGAAGGUUUCCUGGUUGUUACCGUAAUAUCUCCCUCCGUUGUGAUGGAAGAAACUAGAAUUUUGAUCGAACAACGACACGAUUCAAUAAUCACAAAAGUUGUCUUUUUUUUGCUACCUAAAUUCUCAGUAGGUUCUAGUCUCAACAGAUACCUGAAGCUAUUUUUUGUCUGUACAGGUUCUUUUCUGUCGAUUGAGUCAGGAGCAGCGUGAACUUUACCAGCAGUAUUUAGACUCUAAAGAGGUGCAGGCCAUUUUAGCUGGUAACUAUAAGGUAGGCCUGGUACUUUCAUCCCUUUACAUGAGAGCAAAGUCUUAGUAUUACGAUCGGAGCGUGCGCAAUAUGCGCGGGAAACCAUGCAAGUUGACAGAGCGUUUAACAGCAAAAAACGUUAAAAAAAGCUGAGUGAAAUAAUUAAGAAAAACAAACUACAAACAAAAAAUGAAUACAAAAGUAGGGAAAUGGAAAAAAUAGGUACAUUGAUAACGUGUAAUAUAUAACUGCAAAAUCGACCUCUAAAACAGAAGUGUCCCGAUCGUGAUCAAAUUUGGGAUUCUGCUGUCAAGGAACUGUCUCUCUUGGUAGUCAGUACUUUUCAGCUUCAUCUGAUGGAUUAAAUAAAUAUGUAAAUUUAUUUUCUAAUUUCAGUUUCUCCGUUCAUUGUGUUAGGUUUUUCCUGGUCUGAUUAUGCUGCGGAAGAUUUGCAACCAUCCUGACCUGACAUCAACAGCAGGCUCCCUUCUUAAAGCCAAACAGGAUGCUCUCAAAGCCGAACUAGGAGGGAGGGCUGAGGAGGAAGAACCUGACCCUGAUGAUGGGUAUGGGGACCCCAAACGGUCUGGAAAGAUGAUUGUUGUGGAAGCUUUGUUGAAGAUGUGGCAAGAACAGGGACAUAGAGUCUUGCUGUUUUCGCAGACAAGACAGGUCAGUGAAAACGCUGUUGACCCAAAAUGACAGUCGUUCGUAUUUUACCUGCUUGAGAAACUCUUGCAAUUCCAUAAGAUUUAAGCGGUGUAACCACGGAAAACGGUUGUUGAAAGUUCAGAGCGACUUACGAACAAACUACUUUGUCUUUUCUUCUGUAGCGGCCUGCAAUGCCGGCGUCUUAUUAAGGCGAGUCAACGUCACAAGCUCGCGAUCGUUUAUUUGCCAGCCACGUUUGAUUUAGAGUAACAGCGGACCAUUUUAGAAAAGCGUGAAUAUCAGUUUAAUAUAACCAGAUGUUCCUCAAUUUUGGCUGGGGCAUAUUUGGAAGCGUUUAAAACGAAUCUUGCGCGGGCGAAAAUACUUGAUAUAAUGAACUUUUAUGAGACGAAGACCUCCAGUGGAGUAUGCGAAGAUGUUCCUGUUUUCCCUCUCCUUUGUACAGGGAUGGGGGCACCCUCAGAUAUCCACCUGGGUUAGUAAGUCGUGCAGUAAUAUGUAUACAUAAAACUCGAUGUCCACGAACCCAUUUUGCCAUUCCCUCAAAACUCUGUUUUAACCGGAGGGUAUACAUACGGUAUCUCUGACCAUUAGAGCCGUACAGCUCACAAGGUAGAUUGUGAGUUGUAGCUUUCUUUGUCACCGAGUGUUUGUAAGGUAACACUAACAAAUAAACCUGGUACGGGAUCGUUCUUUCAGAUGUUAAAUAUCCUUGAAAAGUUUGUCGAAGCCAGAGGCUACAGAUACUUCAGACUUGAUGGUUCGACACCAGUGGCGUCCCGACAGCCUUUGAUCACAAACUUCAACGAGGUACACUCUGUAUAAUGGAUUUAGUGGCUUUAUACCGAACCCAAACUACACCUACGUUUCGUUUUCAGUCCGUGCUUAAUGCUGCUUGUCUGUACUCUGAUUUAAAAUGACUCAUCAAAGGACAUUUGUGUAGAUGCCACGUUAAGUGUAUUGCAAAAACAAGGAUGUUUAUAUUAGGUGCAAUCUCGCCAGAUAACAUUAUUGAUAAUAUAAUUCUUUCUCUGUUUAUCAGGAUCGUUCAAUUUUCUUGUUUAUUCUCACCACUCGUGUUGGCGGGCUGGGCGUGAAUCUUGUGGGCGCAGACAGGAUUAUCAUUUAUGACCCUGAUUGGAACCCCAGUACUGACACGCAGGCACGAGAACGAGCCUGGAGGAUCGGACAGAAGAAGGACGUCACCAUCUAUCGCUUAAUCACAAGCGGAACGAUAGAGGAGAAGAUCUACCAUCGGUAGGAACAUUAAGAGAAUUUUUUUAUUUCUCCUUUUUUUUUGCUUUUUAAGAAGGGUUAAUCAAGUGACAUACCUUGAUUUGAAGAUGUAAAUAUGGACGACGCAUUCAAAAGCACAUGUACAAGACACAUGUGCUUGCCUCACACACGCUCAUACGCAGAUAAUGUGCCUAUGUCAUUGGUUAAAACUGUGCAGUGUUAUAGACUCUGUUCACAUAAAUCCGCCGAAGAUGUAACUAAUUUCAUUGUGAAACGAAACCUGCUUUACCAUUGUCGAGAAAAAAUAUUUCCUUUCCGUUUGCAGGCAAAUUUUUAAACAGUUCCUCACCAAUCGAGUUCUGAAAGAUCCCAAGCAACGCAGAUUCUUCAAGUCCAAUGACCUUUACGAGCUCUUCACAUUAGACAACUGUGACGUCAAAUACGGCACAGAAACAAGCGCCAUUUUCGCUGGGUCAAACUGUGAAGUCAAAUUGGGAUCGCGUCGAAGGAAGAAAAGGGAGGGUGAACAAACAAAGGUGGUGAAGCGUCAAGUCGACAACGAGGAAACAAAAAAAUCCAAAAAGGUAGAAAUAGAAAAGGAUGCACAAAUUAGUGGAGGUGCUUUCUCGAUCGAUUGGCGGGACAUAGCUGAAACACAAAGCUUGUCACAGGAUAAGGAAUCAAAGAAAGAAGGGCAAGAAGCAUCGAAGGAAGUUUACGUGGAAACUGUUGGUGAAAAAAGCUCCGCUCAAGUAGGUCUCAUUGACGAGGGAAAGGAAGAGAAAAGUGGAGAAAAUGAUGAGCUCGUGAACGAAGAUUUGGCAGCGAAAGCCAUGUUAGUCGAUUCUUACGAUGUAGAGAAAGAAGAAUCUACAUCAGCCUCUUCUAAACAAGAUGAAGCCCACAUCCAAAUUCAAACGUCAGAACAAUCUGAAUCAAAGAGAGAGAACACAGCAACAAUUGCAGAAAAUGAUACUAUUCCUAAAGAAGACAACCAGGGAAGCCUUGAAAAAGAGACUGGUCACGUUUUGAAAAAAGGAAAAAAGAACCUUUCGUCUUUGAGCGAUAAUGAACUGACGAAGAAAGUUAAGCGAAAAAAAAAGAAAAAAAGAAUGAAAAGGAAACGUCAAGGAGGAGGUAGGUGAAAUCAAUCUGAAUCACGUGUGAAACCAAAUUGCUGGUUUGAUUGCAUUCCGAUUAGGUGUCGUUGAACCAAAGCUAAAGUGAUCACAACAGCCAAUUAGAUUUGAGGAAAGAAAUCACGAAGAGCCAAUCAGGACGCAAAAUAAAAUACAAAUACCCAAAGCAAGGGAAAACGUGACUUGUUUUACAUCUGAUUGAGGCCUAGUUCAAACGUCGAUCUUUACAUGUACCGAACCUAACAUUUCUAUCAAAAACAUGUAAAGAUCGACGUUUGAAUCACUUAGGAUCGGCAGAUUUGUAUUCGGAUCGACAGUGCCGUUCUAUCCGACUCGGCUAGUCGGAUAGAACGGUAAAAGAUCGGCAUUGAUUCAUACGUCGUACUUUACAUGUACCGAACUUAAUGCAUACAUUAUACAUACGUUAAAAUAAUUAUGUUUUACCCACAAUUCAAGAAAGUUCGCUUACGUGCCAUGCGCGAAAGCCUUCGAACCAUUCAAACAAUGAACCUUGCGUCUGAAUAGUUGUUGCAAACAUUUUCCCACCAGCCAGAAUUUCUUUUCAGUCGACGACACGAACGAACUAGACGAGGAACUGUGAUGUUCCUUUGGGAAAUAAGCAAUAAUAGAAGGCAAGCCAAAUUCAAAACUCGUCUUCUCCUGGCAGCAAGGUUGUUUAAUGCUAACUGCAUCUUGAGUCGCCUUUUUCUACCCUCCUAAAUCGCAUUUGCAAAAAAAACAAGCUCUUCAUUUCCACAAGUUGUGCUUCCCGCAUUUUUUCCCGCCAUUUUGGUAGGCAUUAACCGCUGACUACAAUGGAGUUAUGUUCAGUUUUGCAAUUAGGAUCGACUAAAUUCGGAUCGACGUUUGAAUCAACUGCCGCUCUUAAUUAUUCGAGUCGACCCAAAUUGCAAUUAGGUUCGGUACAUGUAAAGUUCGACGUUUGAACUAGGCCUGAUUGAGCGCUUGGCACAAGUUUUCUGUAUAAUCACUUUCUUCGUGUGAUUUGCAGUAAUUGACGGUCAACACAUCGAUCAUCUGGAUCACAGCGAAAUCUACAACUCAGUGAAUGCUAGUCAGUCAAGUGCAGAAGAAAUGGAAGAACAGAAACAGCAAAACACUCAUCAGGACGAGUUUAUUCUGAAGCAUCUCUUUAAGAAAUCAGGUCUGGAUGUAGUCUUGUUUUUACUUAUCUUGAUGGUUGAGAUGACAAUUUUUAAGGUCAAAACUGGGUACAUAAUAACUAGGUAAGCGCCUUAUUUUCGUGAAAAUUGUUGCCAGAGAACAGGACGUCGCUCUGACAUUCGGCGAUACUGGCUGGUGCUCAUCCCAUUGGGCGAGUUAUUCUCGGAAGGUUGUCGGAUGCUUUUACGAAGGUUUGCCGUAUCCACAGAUAAUGCAGUAGAAAUUCAGUUUGGGUUUAUCUUGCUAUUUCUUUGGCGUCAAAUUUUUAAAUUCGUUCGUCAAAGGACAACUUUGUCAAAUUUGGUCUUAAAUUAAAAUGUGAAAUUUCUUUACACCGUAAGGGAAGGAAGAGAAAUCAAUAGUUUUUGGUUUUAUUACAAGUAGAGUUUAAUUAAUGAAUUCAUAGGAGAUAGAUACGGGUCCGGCACAAGGAGUGAACCUCUCUCCCUUUAGGAAUUUAAUUGAUGAUUGGUGGGGAACUGUCACCAAAAGAAAUGCCAUGGAGUUGCCUUUUCUGGACUAGCAGCCAGGGCCGGGUUAAGGUAACCCAGGGUUAGUGUUAAUCUAAAUUUCAGAUGUGAAAGCUUAAAGAGAAAAUUUAACAGAAUUAUUUUUGUGUAGAAUUUGAUUUUUGGAUGCUCUUAAAAGAAUAGAGAAAUUUAUCCUAAGAAGGCUUUUGAACGAGGGAAUAAAAAAACCUGGAUUAAAUUUAACCUUGGGUUAGCGCUUAUCGGCCUAGGGACAACUAGGCCCAAGGAGAUUAACUUUAUGCAACGGAAUACGAAAUGAGUCUGGCGAAAUAGGCUCCAUUAUAGACAUCGCCCAUUUUACCCAUUUUAAUAGGUGUACAUAGUGCGUUGAAGCAUGACGUCAUCAUGGAGGCCAGCAACCCGGAUUACGCACUGAUUGAAACAGAGGCAAACCGUGUGGCAGAGCAUGCUGUGAAAGCGCUGAAACGAUCACGCCAGUUAUGUCUAAGUGCGAACAGAGGGGUUCCUACAUGGACGGGCGUGUCAGGUUCAUCUGGUUUGACUGAACCAGCCGCAAAGAGGUAUUGUCGUUUAAGGUCUGCUUGAGAUAAACAUAUCUUACCAGUAGCAAGUAAACUUUAUGACUUUAUAUUCAGAUAGAGUAGAAAAAUUUGUCACUUAAGGUAUGGGUGGGAAAUGAGUGCAAUUGAUGGAAAGUACGUGAAAAUAAAUAAUCAGUGGCAAGCAUGAAUGGGGCUUCGUCGUGAAGCGCGCGGGUUGCAAGCUCCGCUACAAGUGGUAAGAAAGUGGCGCGAAAAUGUCAAAUAGAGCCAAACGCGGAAAUUUUGCAUUUAUGCCAAGUGAUGGAAAAUGUGCGUACACUACGUUGCUGGUUUUUGUAGGCUGUUGAAGUUAAAAGUACUUAUAUGUAAAUAUUUUUUGUUCGGAUUAGGCCACGGUUUGGACAGAAGAAGAAGGUCGGUUCAGAGGAAGCUGCAAAAGUGAGAAUUGUACUUAAAAAAUUUAAACACACACAUACACACUCUCUGUCAGUUUAACUAGGAGAGUAAAGCUUUUGAUUAGCGAAAUUUCACUUUCCUAUUUAUCGCUUUCCAUUCGUUUCCUGGUGUUAAUCGCAUCAGCACCUUUCUGACUCCAGGCGAAUUAUGAUUAAGCUUCUAAUACUUAUUUUUUUGUGGUUAACAGUCCUCCUCCACUUUGGAAGUCAAGCCUCACUUCAGUGGCGACCAAAUGGGCAUGAGCAGUUCGUCGGCAGAAGGCACGGAACCAGUCCACUCUAGUCAACUGCUGGCGAAGAUGAGGGCUAGAAACAACAUUUUGCCUAGCAAUGAGACAGGGCAUGGAAACGAGAAUGACGACUUAAUUCUCCAGAUAAGGACUUUCAUUGCGUCACAAGGAACAACGUUGGGACAAGCCACAACUCAGGAAAUCUUAGACGAGUUUCGUUCUAAACUCCCAUCUAAUGAAACUACCUUGUUUCGCUCUAUGUUGCGACAGAUUUGUACUUUUACAAGGGAUUCGUCAUCUGGGAAAGGCAUCUGGAUUUUAAACGAAGAGUUUAGAUGAAGCACCAAUUUCUCACAACUAGAGUAGAAAUCUCCUAUGCUCUCCAAAGUAAUGGAAAUGGUUGCUUGCAGUCGUAUAAGUAGCUGGUUAAAAAAAAUGGUGAUCUUCAAAAAUCUUUAAUCUUUAUAGGCGCUUAAAAAUUUAUCAGGCUGCAAUAUAAAAUGAAUAACUUUAUAUCUAUGCUUUAAAACGACGUAAUCUUAACACCUUCUACAGUUUAUAUAUAACCAAACUAGUCAGCAACUUAGACCCGGUUUUCCAUGAAUGCUGUGCAUUUAGUCUCUAAAUUGAGUUGAAGACUUAGCGAUUCGGAGAUAUAUAGUUCGCGGAAAAGAAACAAUCAGUUUGUUUACAGAGCGAUUAAGAGAUUAAGCUUGACGCGAACGUUAAGAAAAAUUGAACUUCUUGCCUUCUACUUUUAAUCCUUUUCAUACUAAGAUGAUGUAUGUCCAUUGACUAUGGAGAAUAAUUGUUUUUAGUGCAUUUCCACUGGCUCGAUUUAAGAAUUACAGACAAAGGUGAGACACGACAGAGGUCAAUUUUGCUUUUUGUCGUUCCUGUAAACGUAGUGCUAAUUAACAGCUUACGAACAUUUAAGAUUUUAGUAGGUUCGCAAAAACUGCGCCCAAAAAUAGCCACGAAAUUGGCAGCUGAAGAAGAACGUCAGUGAUGACAGUCUGUUGAAAUUUCAAAAUAACGAAAGUGACGGAAAUUUGCAAGAUCUUCAACGAAGAUGAAAAAAAAAAAAAUGAAAUAAAAAAACAAAACAAACAUUAGGUUAACUGGCCUGAAGAUGUCGGUUAAUAUGUUGUGAAAUCUUUAAAAGUAAAACAAAUUACACUAUAGUUACGUUAGUUUUGUGUAGCUUUUGUUUGGCAUCCUGGCAAACGAAGACAAUUAAAUACUGAAAUUAUCAUAACUAAAGUAAAAUAUCGUGAAUUAGAAUUAUAUAUCCGAUCUUUAACUUGUUAAUUUUCCCUUUCAACCUUUUUCUUAAUAGUAAAAUUGCUUCAGUCUUAAGUAUUUCCCAACACUGAUCAAUUUAGUUUCGGCGGAUAGCUUAGAUUGUUUAGUUACCUAUUAAAAUCGUAGUUACUAACCCGCGUUAGACUAGUUAUGGCUAUCUGCAGGUCAGCCAAUGAACUAUUGAUAGUUUGAAAGUGUAAAUAGAAGGUUUGUGUUCCUUUGAAAUGAGGUUCAUGUAAAAAAUAUCUACCUAAGGUAGGAAAAUACAAACCGUAACCGAGAGAAAUUCCAAGGGAUUGGCUGAGCUUUAUGGUACCCUCGCUUAUGGACUUUUUUACUUUUUGAACGAUAAGGAAACUAGUACAGUUGAGAGCAUAGCUUCCCGGUGUUUUCGUCAAUUAAGAUGGUGAUCGCGGGCAAUAAGAUCAGACUCCUUGUGAAAAUAAACUCAGUGCAUAAGAAAAAAGAAGAAUAGGAAGUUAAAGAUGUAAACGUUUGUUGUCAGCCACUUUAAGUUUGCGUUCUAAACGCGCUACAAACAAACAACUAUUUGUAGACCGAGGUAAAAAUCAUGAAGCGAGGUGAUCAUUCAAAUAAAAGAGUUUUAUG